CAGAGUUUAAGGAGGACUUCCUCCUGCCACGUCGCGCGACUUCCUUGGAUGAAGACUUCAACACUGAAAGAGGAUCCAAGAAACUUUGCCAGAACAAAAGGCAGACGAAAAAAAAAAAAACUAAAAACUAAGAUGAGUCACAGUUGUGAUUCCUUUUUACAGUGACUGUGGACCGCACAUAAUCUUUAACAAUGUACUUUUUUGAUCCAUUCCGUUUUCUGUCGGGAUAAACAUCUCGUCUGAGGGAUGUUCAUCGGUGAGAAGGCGGGCUAGCGGUAGCUGCUUUUAUUCGUCUAAAUUAACCUUACUUUUAAACGGUGGAAUCCUCUUGUUAUUUAUUUAUUUAUUUUCUUUCCACUUCUGUUUUAAAAUAACGGGUUGGUCUUGCAGAUGUUAUUUUAUGGUUUCCUUGAUAGUGCCUUCAGAAAACUUUACAGCGACACAUAAGUCCCGCAGUCUGGGAGUUUAGUAUGUUCGUGUGGACAGGACUGCAGUCAGAAACAUCAGCUGCAGGUGAUUUAUAUGAUAUAAUUAAAACGCACUCAAGAGAGCUGCUCUAAUGAGAUCAAUAGCGCCGACACGGGAGUUGUCAUGGUGACAGCGUGCUGAAUGAAGCGGACGUCUAGGACUAGACGACUAGAAGAACAAGAUUGUCUUUUAAAACUAGCAGUUCCCAUCUGAUAUUUGUAUGUUUUGGAAAAAUAUUAUAUUCCCUGACGAGACAGACUUGUUGCGUAUUUGAUGAGCGAGCAUCUGUUCAAAAAAAUGGGUUGUUCUGUCCUGGUGCUCACUAUCAUUGCAUCCACUCUUGGUGGCCUAGUGUUCGGCUACGAGCUCGGAGUAAUAUCUGGUGCGCUGCUGCAGCUUCAAGCUCAGUUCUCUCUGGGUUGUGUCCAGCAGGAAGCCGUGGUUAGCGCUCUUCUGAUCGGAUCAUUGUCAGCAUCAGUGAUCGGUGGCUGGCUGAUUGAUCGUCAUGGCAGGAGGACAUCCAUUUUACUGAGUAAUCUUCUCAUUUUAGGAGGCACCAUCAUCUUAACUACGAGCGUAUGUUUUUUGGCAUUGGUGGUUGGGAGAGCCAUCAUUGGUUUUGCAAUGAGCAUUUCUUCCAUGAGCUCCUGCAUCUUCGUCUCUGAGAUGGUUGCUCCCGAACGCAGAGGGUUGAUGGUUUCCCUGUACGAAGUUGGAAUUACAGUUGGGAUCUUGUUGGCUUAUGCGGCCAACUAUGUUUUCUCCGGUGUCCAAGCAGGAUGGAGGUACAUGUUUGGACUUGCUAUUAUACCAUCUCUUAUGCAGUUGGUGUCCAUUGGGUUUUUACCUCACACAACUGGUACCUCUGAAGGCCUCUUAACAGAGGACGAUAGCCAGCAAUCUGAUAGAUUAGCAGGGGACAUGUUGAAUCCGCACCCGACAGAACAAGUUAAAUAUAGUGUCUUUGACCUUUUCAAAGCCAAAGACAACAUGUGCAGAAGAACCGGCAUUGGUCUUGGGCUGGUGCUCAGUCAGCAAUUCACAGGUCAGCCAAAUGUCCUCUUUUACGCUUCCACCAUCCUUUUCUCCGUGGGAUUUCAGAGCAACGCGUCUGCAGUACUUGCGUCGGUGGGUCUGGGCGUAGUCAAAGUCAUUGCUACUCUGUUGGCAAUGAUAUGUUCAGACAAGGUUGGUCGAAGAUCCCUUCUGAUUGGUGGAUGCACAGUGCUGGCUAUAGGAUUGAUACUUACUGGUUUCUUGUGCAGAGAGUCAGUGAUUGAUACAACAAAACAAUGCACAAAUUCAUUAGAACCACAUUCAAAUUUGACCUCACCGGCUGAAAACCAAAAAAACAUGGGCAAAAACUUGGUCAGUCAAAGUACUCCAUCUACUGGACAUCAAACACAUGAUGCUUACGAAGAUUCAAAUAUUUCUUCACACUCUGAGGACAUGUAUAAGUGGAUUAUUUUUAUCUGCAUGAUGACAGUUGUGAGUGCCUUCUCGGUCAGCUUUGGACCAAGUAAGUUUUCUUGGAGUGAUACCAACACAACCAGUCAUAGGUUUGGGAUCAUGACAUGGCUUGUGCUAAGUGAGAUAUUUCCAAAGGAAGUCAGGGGAAGAGCCUAUUCAUUCAUCAACUGCUUCAAUGUGGGGGCCAACCUCAUAGUUACCUUUUCUUUCUUGAGUAUUACAGAUGUGAUAGGGCUGUCUGGAAUAUUCUUUGUGUAUGGAGUUAUCGGACUGGCAGCGGUUGUGUUCAUCUACCUUGUACUACCAGAAACCAAAGGAAAAUCUCUUCAUAAAAUUGACAGAGAACUCUCUCAGACACGAUUUUUUCACAGAGAGGAAUUCUGCAAUAUUUUCCAAAGAAGACAUUUCUCUCCAGGUUAUCAGAGAGUUCACUUGACAAGCACAACAACAUGACACAAAGCAGAAUCGUUCUGUUCGCUGGAUAGUAUUGUUCAAUGCUGAAAUGAUCAUGGAUAUCUAUUUUUGAUUUAUCUUUUGUAGUAACUCUUGUAAUAUGAUUCACAUGGUUAGAUCAUAUGCAUAUGAUAUUUAUUAGUGAUGAAUCAUUAUGAAAUCAUGAUACUUUUGUAAUUAUACGUUUUAAAUUAAGUAUAAAUUACACCUACUUGAGUCUAAUUGUAUGAAUUUUGUAGUCUGUGACAAAAUAUAUGUCAGAGCACAUAAAAAAAUGUACAAUUUAAAUGAUUAAAACUCUGCUUAACCCUUGUGGGGUCUUCGGUCAUUUCUGACCUGAAUAUCUUACAUUUAAAAAUUUUAAACUCACCGCUUCAUCAGAAUGACAUGAAAUGUGGUGACGUUUAUGGCAUUUGGGGUGUGAAUACACAAAAAAAUUGAGGGCAUGAUUCGAACAGUCUAAGUGGGCAUAAAAAAAAUAGUAACACUCAAGGCCAUAGGAAAUAAAUGGGAAAUAGACAAAAACACAACAAUUCAGAGAAUAUUUAUGUACACAAUCUACAAAUCAAUCACAAAACUGAAAAAAAGUGCACAAUAGUGAAGGCAUGACACUAUUAAACAUCUAGAGUCUGAUAUUGACACAUCCAAUCACACACAGAUGCACACACACACACAAAAUUACACAUAGACACCUAUGAACUACUGUGUCUGACUCUGUAACACAGAGCAAAGUUUUGAGAACGUGAAAUCCAUUCAAUAAUUUAGUCAUAAUGCACAAAAAUCUAACAGCAGUUAAGGUAUGACACUUUAAAUCAUCACACACACACACAAAAUAACAUGUGCGCGUGUACACACACACACACACACACACACACACACCUAUGACCUGCUGUCUGUAAAACAACAAUGAGAAGCAAGCGCUGCCUCUUGGGUUUGUCAGUGCACUUAGAAACUCAGACUUGGUCCUUUGCACCAUUCCUGUUAUUUGAGCUUGUUUGUUGUUGAUGUUUCCUUUUGAUUACUUUUCCUUCCUUUUGUUAGUUCAUUGACAUUUUACAAAAAUAGACAUAUUCAUUGCAAAAUGUUUACAUAAACUGUUAUAUUUGAAUGAAUUGCAUUUUUUAAAUACAAUUCUAAAACAAAAAAG